GCUCGUAAAUAACUUAUCAGUUCGAUUCCUGAUCAAUGAGACGAGUACAAUAAGGGCGAAUUUGCCUUGCUUGCUGUUUCAAGUACCAGCAUGUGGCCGAGCCUUCGACCCUCCCCCCUUGGCGAGACCCCUCCUCCCCCCCCCCCCCCCUCCCCCUCUGCUUUAGACGCAGCCAUGUCAAGGCUAGGGCCUCUAGCCAGCACCAACGGAGAGUCUUUGGAGAGCAAGCGGUGCUGCUCAAUCGACUAUGUAUCGCAGGAGCCGCAAGAUUCCGCCGCAAGAAAACAGCAGCAAGGACAAAAAUCACAUGAGGCAAUUGAAAAAGAGUGGCGAGCUCUUCGAGGGGCCGACAAGCCAGGCCAUUUCGGUGUGACAAAGGAGGAGCUCUGUUUUCUCUCGUCUGAGCAUCAUCUUGAAGGUUACCGUGAGCUCAAUGGGGCGCUAGGGCUUGCUGACUUGCUAAAGACAGAUGCGGAGCAUGGUAUUAAGGAAACAGACCUUGAAGAGAGAAAAAAGGCUUUUGGCACCAACACGCACCCCCGCAAACCUAUGAAAAGCUUUUGGGUGUUUGUUUUCGAAACUUUUGAAGAUUUAACACUUCGGAUUCUAACCGUAUGUGCAAUUGCAUCCACAAUAGUUGGCGUUCUUGCAAAGGGAAAGGAGGAAGGAUGGUAUGAUGGUGUAGCAAUAUCUUUUGCAGUUCUGCUUGUUGUUAUUACUACAUCUGUGAGCGACUACAAGCAAGCAAUUCAAUUUCGCAACUUGAAUUUAGAAAAGGAUAACAUUCCUAUUCAGGUAUCGAGGGACUAUCAGCGGAUGAAGAUUUCCAUCUGGGACAUCGUUGUUGGCGACAUCGUACACAUCAGCACAGGAGAUAAGAUCCCCGCAGACGGCGUUCUUGUGGAAGGUCAUUCUGUCCUCAUUAACGAAUCCAGCAUGACGGGGGAGAGCAAGCAUGUGAAAAAAGACGUUAAUGAGCAACCGUUUCUGCUUGCUGGCUGCACAGUGGCAGAUGGACAGGGCAGAAUGAUGGUGAGUGGGCAGGCCGUUUCCCAUUGAAGCUAUAAACCAUCACUGGUACAGUACAGCUGGAUGCAUGUCAUUCUUUGCGAACACCACUGAAGGAUUUUUUUUAUUUUUUUUUUAAGGGAAAAAAACUUCUUGGCUCUCAAGGACAAGAGGGAUCGAUAAAAACAAAUUUAAACAAAUGUGCCUAGUAACU